UUCCAUUAUGGCAGGAGCAGAAACCAAGGACUCCAGCUUGGAUGACACAGAGCUCCGUGACAUGGAUGAAGACCGAUUGUGGGAGAUGGUGGAAGGCCAUCGCUACAGAAUUGUGCGGGGAAUUUCUCCAAGCCGGCUGACCCCUUAUUUGCGACAGGCCAAGGUGCUGGGCCAACUGGAUGAGGAAGAGGUGUUGCACAGCCCACAGUUCACAAACAGUGCAAUGAGAGCUGGUCACAUGUUGGAUCUCUUGAAAUCCCGUGGGAAAAAUGGAGCCCUUGCCUUUUUGGAGAGUUUGAAAUUCCACAACCCGGAUAUUUAUACACUCAUCACUGGCUUGGAACCUUCCAUAGACCACAACAAUUUCAGUGGCCUGAUUGAGAGUUCCCAGCUCACUGAAUGUUUGGGUAAGGCUGUGAGCAGCCUCCAGGAGGAGCUGAGCCAGGAGAAGCGACAAAAGCUGUCUCUGCUGCAACAUUGCCGUCAACUGAAGGAGAAAGCGGCUCGACUGGAAGCCCAGGCCGAAAGCCUGAGGGGCAUUGAGGCUGAGUGUAACCGCAUGAAGAGGGAGCUCAGCACUCACUUCCAUGAGGCCCUGAAGCUGAAGGAUGACCUGUAUGGCCUGUCCUUGCGCUACAGCAGUGCUCUGCAGGAGAAGGACCUGGCUAUUACUCGCUGCCAGAGCCUGCAGGAAGAGCUCUAUGUGAUGAAGCAGGAAUUGCAGCAUGCCCGUGUAUCAUCUUACUGUCAAAGAGAGCGAUCCCAGAGGGUGAAUGGAGACAUGCAGCCACAAGCAGAUGAGCUGCUGAUGCUGAGAGAAGAGAAUGAGCGUCUUAAGUCACUUGUGGAUCUGGAAACUUUCAGUGUGGUACAGAAGGACAUUCUAGAGCAGACCCUUGAUGAGGCUCUGGAGGGCAAGCAGGAGCUGCUGAACCGAAUUCACUCACUGAGGGAGCAGGCAGCACUUGCUGAGAAUCAGCGCAAACAGUGCUGGGAAGAACGACAACACACUCUGAUCGAGUGCCAGAGGAUGAAGGUGGACUGUGAGAUUUACAAGGAGAAAAUUAUCGCCCUUCAGGCACAAGUGGAUGACCUGCAGAGAGAAAGAGAUCAGGCUUACAAUGCAAGGGAUGCUGCCCAAGCAGAAAUUUCCCACAGUCUAUCUGAGAAAGAUUCACUCCGCCGCAAAAUCUUUGAGCUCACUGAACAAAUCUGGAAAUUCAGGAAGGAGGUGGGCCAGAAUGGCUCAGCAUUGAUGCAGGUUCAGGGGGAUGGACCUUCCGGCUCAGAGUCCAGGGAGCAUUGUCCAAAGAGAAAACAGCGGCUAGUACGCAUGCCUGCAGUCGGCCUCCGGGAUGACAGCCAGGACAGCCUGUUGAGCAUAUCUGAGCACUGGUCAGAUUUAAGCAGCCGGUCAAGUCAAGAGCUAGCUGAAAGCUUCCGGUCCUGUAGCCCACUCCCACCUUGCAAACAUUCCCUGCAGAGGAGAGCCAUGCAAGAGAGUUCCUUUUCCAGAAGCAAUUCACAGGAGUUUUUGGAGGAGGAUUUUGCUCUUCUCUCUGAGGAGAAAGUGGAGGAUCCCAUGUCUGAAUAUGAGAUGGUGGGGAAAGAAGAUGGCACCUCCCAGUGGCUCCACACGAACCCCUGCAUUUCAGAGAGUGUGCCCAUGCGACGGCGACUUGCACAGCGCUUCCCGAGUCGUAUCUCCACCAUUGCUUUCCAAGCCAAUGCUCUGCUGGAACAGAUUAGUGUAAUUGGAGGCAACCAGACCGGCAUCUUCAUUCACCAAGUCACACUAGGCUCUGCUGCUGAUGAGAUGUCCUUAUCACCAGGCCAACAAAUUGUGCUGGUGGACUAUGGAGUGAUGGAACCAGGUUUCAAGGCUGUCCUAGAAGAUGCAACACUUGAGGAGGCUCUUUGGGUCCUAGAGAGGGUGAAUGGUUUCUGCUGCCUCUCUGUGAAGCCCAACAUGGAGGGUUAUAAGAAGCUUCUGAGCGACUUGAACUCCAAGCUGGUAACAUCUGGCGACUCUUUCUAUAUUCGGUCCAACCUUUGUCUUGAGAAGCAAAUGGCUGGUCAGCUUCAAGUAGGGUGCCAUGAUAUUCUGCAUGUUACUGAUACUGUGUGCCAGGGCCGAACCCACUGGAGUGCCUGUCACGUGAAUGCCUACACCACGAAUGACAUGGAUGCAGGAACGAUCCCCAGCUACUGCCAGUGA